UUUGGCACUCGAUAGCAGCGACGCUCGAUUGUUUUGUGCUGCUAAAAAAUGGUUGCGAAGUGUCAACCAUAGCAAUUCUCUCUCGUUAUUAUUUUUUUAAACAACACUAAUAAAAUUAAUAAUUACUUUCUGCAAUGGGAUUAACGCAGAGCUCAGAAGCCCCCGAGGGAGGGACGUACGGAUACCAUGUCCACGGCAUUCAGCCUAAUUCUCCUGCAGAAAAGGCGGGACUGCAGCCCUUCUUUGACUUCAUUCUGUCUCUGGACAACAAAAGACUCAGUGAGGAAAACGAGCAGCUGAAGGAGCUCCUGAAAGCCAACAUGGAGAGAGCUGUUAGGAUGGAGGUGUACAGCACCAAAACCACGGGGGUCCGAGAGCUGGAGGUGGUGCCCAGUAACAUGUGGGGGGGACAGGGCCUGCUGGGCGCCAGCGUUCGCUUCUGCAGCUACGAAGGAGCCAACGAGAACGUCUGGCACGUACUGGACGUAGAAGCCGGUUCCCCAGCGGCACUGGCAGGUCUUCAGUCGUACAGUGACUACAUUGUCGGGGCAGAUCAGAUGUUGCAAGACUCGGAGGACUUCUUCUCGCUGAUUGAGGCCCAUGAAGGGAAACCCUUGAAGCUGCUGGUGUACAACACACGAACAGACAACUGCAGAGAUGUGAUGGUCACACCCAAUGGAGCGUGGGGAGGAGAGGGCAGCUUGGGUUGUGGUAUCGGUUAUGGCUACCUGCACCGCAUUCCUGCAACUCCAGAAAUGUCGACAGAGAAGCCCUCCAUCCCUGUUGCAGAAGAUAAAUCCUCUCCACAGGAGCCAACACAUGGGUACACAGAGGCGCCUCUUAUGGCCCCUUCGACCCCCAGUGAAGAUUUGUUAGACAUGGAGCAGAUCACCCUCCUAGACUCUGUCAUAUCUCCACCAGAUCAGACAGUGAUGGACUCUGGUUUAUCUGAUUCCGAUGUGGCAGUGAUGAGCCCUGACCCUGCAGAUCUUUUGGACAGGCUGGACGUGUCCACGUCAUCCAUCGACAUGACCAACACUUCGCUGGCGAUGCACGAGGAAAAGGAGGGUGACAUAUCUGGUGUUGAGGAGCUGGAGGACAGCGCUCUGCCCUCAUCGUCUGCCGAGAACCAGAGUGAACUACAAGAGCACGUCUCCCAUGCAGCUGUGGAGCUCACCGCUUCUCCCGCCGCUCCUGACACUUGGUCUGACUCCGGAGUAGCUCCAGCUGAGACUUCUCCUCCGCGCACCGAGUCCGCAGACCUUCAGAGCUUCGUCAUGGACUCCAGCGGCACCCCGAGUCCACCUCUGGCUGUGCUGUCCCCUCCUGAGGAGACUCUUCAGCCUUUCACUGAAGAGCCUCCGCGCCCAUCUCCGGUAGAUCUGAUCGCGGCUGCUAAUGAAGCGGACUUUCAAGUCUUAGGCGAUCCGCAAGCGUCGGCGUGCGAGUCAGCAGGGCCUGUAGAUUAUCAGGACGGUGGGGAAGAACCAGAAAAAACACAUUUUGAUUGAGUUUUCCUUCAGUCAGAUAGAGGCGACGCUAAUGCAUCGUGGCAUAGACAAUCAAUAUUUACCGUUCUUUCAUCCAUUUCCAUAAAGGAAGUCCUACAUUGCUGUGAGAAAGCAUUUCAACUGGGGCUGGGCAUUAAAUCAGUUUAACUGAUUAAUCUUUUUGUUUUUAUUUAUUUUUUUUAGAAAAUUUGGAUUUUAAGUUGGGCCAGCAGAUGGUGGACUGUUUUUAAACUACAAAAAUAUGGUUAUAAAAUUACUAGAAUUUAGUCAUGUGAUGGUAAAUUUUUAAUAAAUAAGUCAUCAUUUUAAUAGUUUCACAUUGUUUUUUUUUCUGGAAAUAUUAUGACUAUGAUGUAGCCUGGCCCUAAAAAAAAACAAAAAAACGUAAAAGUCCCUUUUUGAAGAUGUUUUUUUUUUUUUUUGUCAUUUAUAAUUCCUUUUUUAGAAAAGAAAAUGAGAAAAAAACAGAUUAAAAUGAGAUUCCAUAUGAAAAAAUAAAUUUUAUCAAGCUAAACUGCCCAGCCCUACUCUUUGUAUUUCAUCAGCUUAUCUGAAAAACAGAAAAUACUUUUCAAGCAAUGCCUGUAUGAAGUAAGACAGACAAAGUUAUUCCAGCUUGUUGCACUACAGGAACUAGCUGAGACUUUAACAUGAGACUAGGGUGAUAUCUACAGGUACAAGUACAAAAUGAAGUUACUGGUUUUUUAAUUAUUUUUUUUUGUUAGCAUGAGGUUUAUUUACUCGUCUGGUGGGAAAUCAGUGGACACGGGUUUUUGAAACGUUGCUUCCGGCGCACUAGACAGACGAGUACUUGAAUAGUUCCAAAGACACCGACUACUGCAAAGCACAGCCGCACCUUCACGUCUCUAACACUACGAACUUCUCUGACACUACUAGACUGCUGGCUGGUAAAAUAGGUUACAGUUGUCCUACUGGUGCACUGUCCAUCUCUCUUAGUGUUUUUGAAGGAGCGUUGUUUCCAUCGUGAUGACUCAGCUUUAAACAUUGGACAUGGGACACUUUUAGUCGUGGUCCCUUUUUGAUUGAUCUUAAAGGGCUUUUAUUAUAGCAAUGUGUUGGGGUUUUUUUUAUGUCUUGGUUGUAAUAUUUAUGAAAAUGUUUCACACCAGCUCUGAUAAGGUUGGUGUGUUUUUAACAAAGUCUUUAGUUUUAAUUAUUGUAAUUGCUGUUUUUCAGCUGCAUAGCUUUUGGAGAGUUUUAUUCAUGUAUAGCAAGCUGUCUGCCCAUGUUUUUAUAAAAAAAAAAAAGAGAUGCACUGACAAAUUAGCUGGUAACCUGAUGAUUAUCUCAAAAAUCUGAUAUCACUUGUAGAUUGCAUAAACAACACUCUGCAGUGUGGACGUCGUUACAGAGCGAGGAAGACUUGAGAUUUGGCCUUUUCAGGAUCAGUGAGCUGUUUAAGGUUGUUCAUUCUUGAUAGUUCGGUGGACUCGACUGGGAAGACAAAUUGCAAUAUUUGAUCAGCUGUUCUUUAACAAUACAGUACGUUUUAGGAACCAAACUAUUUGAAAAGCAUGUUCUGCUCCUCACCUGUGGUGGCGCUGCAUCAAGAACCAGUAAAGGCACACAAAAUCCUCACAGCCAUUUGUUGAGGUUGUGCUCGUGUCUUCUUCAGAGGCUUUCAUGUCGUUUCCUUCAGUGGCUCUUGAUGCAGCGCCACCGCAGGCAAGGAUUUAGUUGGACAGUGCGGUGUGGAAACGAACCGCUCCAGCUUCAAAAUGUAACAAAUGUUGCAGUUUUGGUUCCAAAUUGCUCGCAGUCCACUGGACUAUCAGGUGUGGAAACACUUAGAAUUAACACUUAGAGGAAGCAGAGAUGUCUGUUGUUUAAGCUGCUACAGCAGAAAGUGAUCAUUUUCUUCCUUCAUUAUUUAUGUUGGUUUGUUUUAUUGUGCAACUUGCUGUUAUGGUAUGCAGCAGUCUGCCACACAAUCUUAAUUCAGACUUCUUUUGGAUGUUUUGAGUGAUUAAUUUUCAGCAUCAUACAAACAUAAGGUGUGUAAAGUUCAAGUCAGUGGAAGCACAGGAAUGUAUUUAAAACUGUGAAAUUGUAGUCGCUAUUAGUUGGGCAUUAUAAAAGAUGAGCGAGAGCGAGAUUUUCUACAGAUAACAGGAAGGCUGUAGGUAUGACAGCAAAUGUUCUUUUUUCUGUUCAGCACUCAUCCUCUUAGCGAAUCGGCAUAAUUUUGAAGAGUUGGAAAUCUCAAAUCUGUAAGGGAACGCAGAUUGUUCAUGAUUGGUAUCGCUAUGUAAGGUAUAUUUGGAUUAAAUCAAUAAUUUUGUAUUUAUUUUAAAUUUAUUUUACACCAUUGUGUGACUUCACCCUGCUAUCCAUACCGUAAUUGACCAAGCAAAGCAAGAAUAUAUUGAAGCCUGUUGAUUAUGGUCCUGAAGUCUGUUCUGUCAACGUUUUACAAAACAAUCAGACCAAAAAAAAAAAAGUCUGAUCUGUGCAUCUCUACUGCUGGGCAUCAUUGACACCUGUUACUUAUGUAGUCUAUGCAAAAAAAAAAGAAGAAAAUUUCUAAUGUAUUUUUGAUGAGAAAAGCUUUUGUAAGCAGAAGUCUGAGAUUAUUGAAGUACACUUAUAUUUUUUCUGUUCUCUUUAUGGGGCUGAAUAUUUUUCAUUAAAGUAGGUGCCAUCA